CCUUUCUUUGUCUUUUUUUUUUCAGGUUCAUCUUUUUUCUAUAUGUCUUGAUCUUCACCCUAUUUAAAAGAUGAAAAACAUCACUACGAAUAUUUAUGCAAUCGGAGGAUUUGCAGCAAUAGCUGGUAUCAUGUUUGGUUUCGAUAUUGGAUCGAACUCUGGCGUCAUUGGAACAGAACAAUACCGUGAAUACUUUCACCGUCCAGAUGCGGUGUUGCAGGGAGGCAUCAACGGCGCCUUGAGUGCAGGCUGCUUUGUAGGCGCCUUGUGUGCUGGCUUCCCUGCCGAUCGUUACUCGCGCAAAUUUACUUUGAUUGGCGCAUCGGCUCUUUUCAUCAUCGGAUCACUUUUUCAAGCGGUGGCGAACGGUGUGCCCCUGUUGUGUGUAGGACGUGUUAUUAAUGGCAUCUCGGUUGGUAUCACGUCCAUGGUUGUUCCACUCUACCAAUCCGAGGUGUCCCCCAAAGAAAUUCGUGGACGCAUCGUUUCCGUGCAACAAUGGAGUAUCACCUGGGGCAUCAUGAUUUCGUUUUGGAUUCAAUACGGUUCACAAUUUAUACCAGGUACCGCCGCUUUCCGUAUACCAUGGGCAGUCCAGUCUGUUCCUGCCUUCAUUUUAGUUGCCGGAAUGUGGGCGUUUCCUCAUUCGCCACGCUGGCUCGCGGAUAAAGGUCGCAUGGAUGAAGCCAUCAAAGUACUUGCUGACAUUCAUGGCCAUGGUGACGUCGAUCAUCCAAGAGUUCAAAUCGAAAUCAAAGAAAUCGAGGCCGCUAUUCAGUUUGACAGAGAGCAGGCGAGCCAUCGUUAUGCGGAUAUUUUCAAGCCAGGUUUAGCUUAUCGCGUGUUCCUUGGUGUGUGUCUUCAGAUAUGGCAGCAGCUGACGGGCAUGAAUAUUAUCAUGUUUUACGUCGUCUAUCUUUUUGAACAGGCUGGUAUUGGCGACAGUCAGGAAGCGCGACUUGUCUCGUCGGGCGUAUCGUAUGUGGUCAAUGUAGUCAUGACGGUCCCUGCGAUUCUUUUUGUCGAUAAAUGGGGUCGCCGACCUACCAUGAUCCUCGGGGCCUUGGGCAUGUCUGUGUUUCUGUGGACGGUAGGCGGCAUCUUGAGUACCGGACAGUGGUCGCUUGAUCCAAAUACAGGGAAAUCCGUCGUCUAUUUAAAUAAUCCUUCGGAAUCCAAGGGCGUUGUUGCAUGCAUCUACUUGUUUGUCGCCACUUUUGCCACGACGUGGGGUCCGCUCGGAUGGAUCUAUCCUGCCGAAAUUUUCCCCCUUCGCGUACGUGCUUUGGCGGUUUCACUUUCCACCGCCGCCAACUGGUUCUUCAACUGGUUACUCAACUUUAUCGUUCCUAUCCUCAUGGAAAAGAUUCACUACGGUUUAUACAUGCUCUUUGCAGCUUUCAACUUUCUUAUGGCUCUUCAUAUUUAUAUCAGCUAUCCCGAAACCAAAGGGUAUACCCUUGAGGAAAUGGACAUCGUCUUCCAACACAAUCCACGCAAGAAGAUCGACCCCGAGACAUUGCAGCAAUGGAUAACCGAAAAAGGACUGCAGAAAGCGUAACAUCUUCAUGUUUCAAGUCUGUCCCUUCCACAUGUAAUACUACAGUUAUAAUUGUCUUGAUCCAAAGAUGCACCUGCAUCAUGGUAUUCAUUCCAUUGUCAUUAGUGUCUGAAUAAACAAGUCCUUUCAUCUUUUUUCA